CUUGUUUUCCGUGCCUGCGGCAAGACUGGGUACCGCUCCUUUGCCCGUCCCGCAGCAGUAGGUACUUUUGGUUCCUAGACAAUUUUUAUAUGUGCCCGUAGCGACUCGGAAGCGGAAGGCCCCCGCGCCACAGCCCCCCUUGGCCAUGACAGCACGUCGGCGCCCGGCGCUGCACAAACAGACGCCGCCCAACAGCAAAGAUCGCGGCGACAAGACGCAUGUCAUGCCAGUACCGUCGCCCCGCGUCAUCAAUGCGGCGCCGUCGCUCGAGAAAGCCGAGAUGUACGGCAUCGACGACAACCGACCCGUCUUCAGCCGCGCCAUGGCUCUGGCUGGCCGCGUGUUCAUCGAGACCAUCCCGCAAUGGCUGGCCAUCGGGGCCAUGCUGUCGCUGAUCUUCGGCGGCUGCUGCUCCAACGUCUUCGCGCUCGAAUCCAUCAUCAAGGUCGAACCGGCGAGCGGAACCCUCUUGACAUUUGUCCAGUUCCUCUUUGUCGCCGUCAUCGGGCUGCCGUCGCAGUUCGAUCCCAAGCGCCCGCCUUUCUUUCUCAAGCCGAAUAAGGUCCCGAUCCGUCGCUGGCUCGUCAACAUUGUGCUGUUCUUCAGCAUCAACGUGCUCAAUAACCACGCGUUCAGCUACGACAUUUCGGUGCCGGUGCAUAUCAUAUUGCGGUCUGGAGGCAGCAUUACCACCAUGCUGGCAGGGAGUCUGUACGGCAAGAAAUACUCGCGGGUCCAGGUCACCGCAGUGCUCCUGCUCACCGUGGGCGUCAUCACUGCGGCCUGGUCCGAUGCGCAAACCAAGGGCUCAUCUUCGAGCAAGUCGACCGGUAGCACAAGCUUCGGCAUCGGCCUCGCCAUACUCUUCAUUGCGCAGGUUCUCUCGGCCAUCAUGGGCCUCUACACAGAAGAGACCUACCGCAUCUACGGGCCGCAGUGGAAGGAAAACCUCUUCUACUCUCAUCUUCUAUCGCUGCCGCUAUUUCUACCCUUCUUGUCGUCCCUGACGAAGCAGUUCAUGAAGCUUGCCAACAGUCCUCCGCUCGCGCUUCCCGUUCCUCCCCCAGAGGAUUACCCCAAUCUGUCGCCAGCCAUUCAGAAAGGCCUGGAGAUGAUCCAGAUCCCGAGUCAGCUGUUUUACCUUGUGCUCAACGUCCUUACACAGUACGCGUGCAUCCGGGGUGUGAACCUGCUGGCGGCGGCGUCGUCCGCCUUGACCGUCACCAUUGUGCUCAAUAUCCGGAAGCUGGUGAGCCUGCUGUUGAGCAUAUGGUUGUUUGGGAACCGACUGGCGACGGGAACCCUCAUCGGCGCUGUCAUCGUCUUCUUUGCCGGAGGCUUGUAUUCUCUGGAUGGGAAACGCAAGCCGCCCCAGAGAAGAGCUGCGGCCAAAUGAUGGAACGGGUCUGGCCAGGGUAGCUUUCUACUGUACAUAUUUCAUGGAAGCAUACAAUACGAGAAAGCCUCUUCAUAGAUGGUUCAAUGAUUCGUUUAUCAUUCCCAGGGGUAUGGUAUUGGUCGGCCCGGCUUGACAGUAUGAAAUUGGAAGGCUGAAUGAGCCUCUCACCAGGGGUUCCUGGGCACAACGUCUCAGUUCGCGGUUAGGGUCGGACUGUCACUGCAGGUGGGCUUUGUUCGUUCAGCAAGGGCGCUGAAUUAAGCGCAUCCUAGCGGGCUUGGCAACGAAUUUAGCGGCCAGCUCCGGGCUGUUGUGCCAG